GUUCUAAUUAAAUUGAUAAGACCAUAUACUAGAAUUUAUAUUCCUUUUAUAAGUAAGGAAUUGAACAUCGACGUUUCGGAAGUGGAAAGUCUCUUGGUAUCUUGCAUCUUGGACAAUACCAUUCAUGGUCGUAUAGAUCAGGUAAAUCAGGUUCUCGAAUUGGAUAAGAAAUCGGUAUGUGCUGCGCGUUACAAUGCUCUCGAUAAAUGGGCAGGUCAGUUGCAAUCCUUGCAUACAGCCAUUGUGAACAAAAUGUCUUAAGUGGCGUAGCGCACGUGAUCCUGCAAUAAACACAAUCUAAUUUCACUUUUGUGUAUAGUAUAUCAUAAAAGCCCUAUACAGAUAUAUGAAGAUUUGAAAUCUAUUGUGAUAUAAUAAAUUUAGCAUUUUAGCACGGGAGUUA